AUGAUGGUCGCGCAUCGGCCCACUUUGCUCUUUGUGGCAAAACUUUCCGACAACCGCAACGCGACCGCCUCUUUCUGGGCCUCCGAGCUCGAUCGCAACAAUUUUGGCUGGCAAGUUGUCACAGGCACCUGCGUUGGUCGGCCCUUCAAAUUCGGGUUCCACGGCAGCAAGGUGUGCUACGCCCUCGCCAUUGCAAUGGACCACUCCUCCGCAACCUUCAAGAUGAACGACUGGACUGUCACAGUGCGCGGCAUGCGCUCGGUCUUCCGCGCGGAGGACUAUAUAGCUGGACCCAAGAAUCGGCUCGACAUCAGCUUCACAGCGCGCGGCGGAGCUCCGUCCCGCGACAAGCCGCACGGCAUCAUAGGCCAGUCCUACACCACGAUUGGGCGUGUGCGUAAUGGAAAGAUGGAUGUGUACCCAUGGGAAGGGAGCGUCACGACCAGCGCAAUGGCCGAGGGCGCCAUCGAGGGCACGGCACCAGAUUAUGAGAUGGCCAGCGCCCACGCGACUUGCAUCGGCCUCAAAAGCGAAACAAAGAUGAAAUGGGCAAUCCUGCUCAUGAGCUUGUUUGGCAUGGCCCGGACAGCCCCAAAUGAGAUCGACGGCAAGCCCGCCGUUCUGGAGAAAUGCGUAAGCACCAUCCCAGGCUUCUUCCAGGGGCAGGGACUCUACAACGCCGCCGUGGCAGAGCUGAGCCGCCACCCUCACGACGACGCUCUCUUCCUGGAGAUUGGCGCCUAUCUCGGCCAGUCCACGUGCUACAUGUCGCAUCUCCUCGACAGCUUGUCCGUGAACGUGGCCUUUCACGUCAUCGACUUCUGGGGUUCCGCACCAAAAGGGACCAUUCCCAAGCACAAUUUGCUCAACGGGAUGACGCGUGCCGAGGCUUCGCUUGCAGAAUGGGCACGCGAGAAUCACAGGAAGUCUGUGAUGCAAUUCGGCAAGGGUGACUUUCAACUCACGUGGGCUCACUUUGUGCAGACCUUCGGCAAGUGGGACAACAUCGCGUCCGUCACCAGAGGCUCGUCCAAGGACGUCAGUAUCGUUGCCCGUUACAGCGACAAGUCCGUGGACUUUCUCUACUUGGACACGGCCCACGACAACACGACAAUCACAGAGCUCGAGCUUUGGUGGCCAAAGGUGAGGCCUGGCGGUCAGAUGUGCGGCGAUGACUACGACAGGAUACCCGUGAAAACCUCUGUCAAACGCUACUUCUCUUCAGCACAGGUCUCCCUCCCAGUGACGAAGCUGCCGCUCCGUCAGUGGUGUGUGCACAGGCCCAUGCCUGAUCAAAACAACUGA